AUGAAUGGUCAAAAUGGUAAUAGUGAUACUGAUAUUCAUAUGGAAACAAAUAAACUCAAAUCACAAGCACCAGAAUAUUCAUUAGUUGUGUCGAAUAUAACAGAAGUAGCAUUAUUGUGUGAUUCAUCUUCUUCUAUAUGUGUUCUCGUUUUCUUCUAUAUCGUUCAUGGAUUUUUUCCUUUCGUUAUGUUAUAUGGAUUUCUCCUCUCCUAUCGUUUACGUAAAAAUGAAGCGUGUGGUGGUGUGAGUUUAUUUUGCGAAGCAUCGGACGGCAUUCGUGGUGGUUUCAUUCGAGGAACUGGUGUAACACAAAUAAAAAUUAAUAGAAGCGUUGCACUCUUCAAUAUGUUUAUUGAAAGCACGGGUACCAAACUUGCUGCAAUGCUUCAACGUUUCUAUGAAAAGUACGUUCAAGACGGAGUUUUUGGUCAUGUUUUCUAUACGUAUUGUCCAACUAUUAGUGAAUUAUCAAAAAUCAAAUCAAAAUCAUAUACAAAUAUUCCUUCAUUUUCUCAUUUCUCACAUUCGGUUGCUUAUUUUUUUAGCAAUCAAUAUCAAUUUCGUUAA